AUGGCUGCCAGCAGCAGGGUGAGAGAUGCUCUGCAGGCUCGCAUUCUCGACCUCGAAGGCACCUGCGACGACUAUGCUGCGAAGAUUCAGCUCAUGGAGGAAGAUCGCAACCAUUGGCGCCGUCUUGCUGAAGCGGCCAGCUCCUUGCUACCACCACGAUGUCUACGAACACGAUCGAGUCGGGCGCUGCAGAGAGCAUCGACAAGCUUAAUAAAAAGCUCUUUGUUAUCGAGCGCAAACACAACCAAGAGCAAGUCGCGCACCAGAAGACUAAAGGUAAGAGUAGAAGCAGCCGAGAAGCGCGUGCACGACCAGGACGAGACGAUCACCGCCUUGAAGCAAGAGCUGGCCGCGCUCGAAGUCACAGCGACUGCUGUACAGGCGCAGCGCGGCACCAGCAGCAGCCUUAAGCGAUCGAAACAGCCUGCAGGAUGGGGCGCUGCCGCGACUCAGCCUUCCGCAUCCGUUGCCAAGAAGAGAAAGACUUCCUGGGGCCAGAACGUCUUCGCUCCAGUGACCAGGAUUCAACAGCCGCCUACUAUUGUCAGGAACUACAUAUACCACUUCUAUGACUGCAGGUUCUUGACACAUUUGGACCGCCAGGAGGAAGAGCGUAGACAAUGA